ACGACAUCACAGUUUUAAAAAUGAGCGAUACCUGCGCAGUACGAACGAGAAUUCGUCAUUCGGCACGACGCUUCUCUUGUGAAAAGUAUAGGUUAUAAACACACAGUGAUUGUCUUAUUACUUAUUGUUAAAUAUUAUAAUUAAACUAUGGAAGAUAAUCACUGUAUGUAUUUCGUAAAAAGAAAAAAGCGUUAUUGUCGUAUGACCGUAAAACAAGGAAAUAAAUAUUGCGGUGAACACCAAGAAGACUUAAUGGAAUCUGUACAUUCCAAAGACAAUAAACUCAAAAAUAAAAGGAUAAAGUGUCCACUUGAUCCUACGCAUACAUGCUUUGAAUCAAAGUUAUCCAAACACUUGAAGGUAUGUAAUGCAAAAAGAUUGAUAGAUGCACAGCCAUCAUUCAUAGUAAAGGGAAUUAAUGUUGACAAAACAUGUGAAACACCUCAGCAUGUACCACUUUGUGAACUUGAUGAGGAACUAGUAAAUGCAGUUAUAGAUAAAGUUAUAACUGCUUAUGAGAAGUUACCUGAAGUACCUGAAAUAGUAAGAUCACAUGAGAUACUCAGAGAUGUAUUAAAUGAUGAAUCUUAUGGCAAAGCUAAUAGGAAGCAUUUGCUACAAAAUUCUUCAUUAUUAUCUCAUUUAGAACAUGCAGGUCUUGUACAAGACAAUACAUGUUUUAUGGAAUUUGGAGCUGGAAAGGGUAAAUUAACCUACUGGCUGGGAAAAAUGAUAAAGGAUAGAAAAAAUAGCUGUAUUUUAUUAGUGGAUCGCUCAAGUCAUAGACAUAAGAGUGAUAAUAAAUUAAGAAAUGAGCAGCUUCCUCUUGUGAUCAAAAGAAUUCGUGCUGAUAUUGCUGAUUUAAAAUUAAAUGACAUUACAGAAAUACAGAAAUUUGACUAUAAAGUUGGUAUUGCUAAACAUUUGUGUGGUACAGCUACAGAUUUAACUAUAAAUUGUUUGAUUCAUGCAAUGCAAAACGAACCUAAAUGCAACAUUACUGGAUUAAUCAUUGCAUUUUGUUGUCACCAUAGAUGCGAAUAUGCAUCAUAUGUUGGAAAAAAUUAUUUAAAACAAUGUGGAUUUACUCCUAAUGAAUUUACAAUCUUAUGUAGCAUUGCUAGUUGGGCAACCUGUGGUCUCAGUACUAUAACUAAAACUAGUGAUCAAGAUAAUUUGAAGGAUACCAGAACGAAUAUACGAACAUUAACUGCGAAUGACAGAGAAAAUAUCGGUCGUAAAGUGAAAAUGUUAUUAAAUUGGGGUCGAUUAGAAUAUUUGAGGAGUGUUGGGUUCCAAAGUAACUUAAUAUAUUAUACCACUACAGAAGUAUCUCUGGAAAAUAUGUGUAUAAUAGCUACGAAAAAUGAAAUAUAAUAAUAUUAAAAUUUUAUAAUUUCACAAUA